CCGGAGCCCUUGGAGGAGUCACAGCCCCAUGGCCCUGGCAUGAUGGGGCCUCGUCGGACAUUGCUUCUCUGGGCCUGGUUCAUGCUCCAGUGUGGUGCUGAUCCACCAGCCCACAGCAGUGCCAAGCUCUGCGCUGGGGUACAAUGUGGGCUGGGGACCACUUGCAGAGUGUUGGACGGCAGGCCCAAGUGUGUCCCCUCACCCUCCUGCAAAAACUACCAGUGCAAAGAAGGGACACAGUGCCAGAUGGUGGACGGGUGGCCCCAGUGCGUCCCACUGCCGUCGUGCAAGAACACCCGCUGUGAAGCAGGAACAGAAUGCAAGAUGGUGGACGGGUGGCCAAAAUGUGUCCCACUGCCGUCGUGCAAGAACACCCGUUGUGGAGCUGGAACAGAAUGCAAGAUGGUGGACGGGUGGCCAAAAUGUGUCCCACUACCAUCGUGCAAGAACACCCGAUGUGAAGCAGGAACAGAAUGCAAGAUGGUGGAUGGAUGGCCGAAGUGUGUCCCAUUGCCUUCAUGCAAGAACACCCGUUGUGGAGCAGGAACUCAGUGCCAGAUGGUGGACGGAUG